AUGUCUAAACAUGGAAGAGGUAUCAAGACAACUCUCGACCCCAAAGGAGAAAAGAUCAACGAAGAUGGUACAGUUUUUAUGUCACCAAGAGAUUUUAGUUGUAUCAACAUCAUUAGAAAGAUGCACAAGGAAGCAAAAGAUGGAAAAAAGAAUUAUUAUAAUAAUUCUACACAAUAA